GGGCAGGGGCGGCCGGGGCACUAUUGUUGAUGAGGCGAGCGGAGGCUCCGGAGGUAGCGCGGGGCGCCCCGGGCUAGGGACGGCAGCGAGGACGAGUUGGGGCCGCGGUCGCCGCCGCCACCUGAGGCGUUGGACUCCCGUGAGGACCUGCCGGCGCCCGGCGCCGUUCCCUGCCUUCCCCGCCGUCGACCGUCUUCCGCGAGCCCCGGCUCUCAGCGGACAAUGUCCCACCAGCGCGUGAGGCGCAACGGCUCCCCGACCCCGGCCACCUCCUUGGCGGGAGGAGGCGCGGUGGCGGCGGGCGGCGGAGCGGGAGCGAGCAGUCGCCUCCAGCCCAUGCGGGCCACGGUGCCCUUCCAGCUCAAGCAGCAGCAGCAGCAACAGCAGCAACAUGGCAGCCCCACGAGGAGCGGCGGCGCGAGCGCCCCGGGCGGGGGUCUCCCACGCGCGGCGCCGGCCUCGCGCAGCAUCAGCCCCACGCGCGCGGCGCCCACCGGCGGCGGCAGCGGGCGCGGCGGCCCCGCCAUGGCCACGCAGACGCCGGGGAGCGGGGGGGGCAGCGCCGCUGCCACCGCCUCAGCCGCCGCCUCCUCGCGGGGCAGCCCCACGCGUGGCGGCGGAGCGCGGGGGAGCCCCCCGCGGCCCCACCACCUACCGCCGCCGCCGCCCCCCCCGCCGCCGCUGGGCUGCGGGCUCUCACCGUGCUCCUCUCCCGUGCCUCCGCUGCCCGAGGGCAGCGCUACAGCGGCGGGCAGGGUCCGGCACCGUCGGCACUCGCCGGAGCAAGGCAGGAGCUCCCCGGAAAGGAAGAGCCCCAGCUCCCCCGUCUGCAAAGCUGACAAAUCAAGACCACCUUCAUCAAGCCCUUCCAACAAUAUUCGCCGGACUUCCUCACUGGAUACACUUGCUGCUCCAUAUCUUGCUGGACAGUGGCCUCGUGAUAAUCAUGGGCAAGCUGCUCCAUGUAUGAGAGACAAAGCCACACAGACAGAAAGUGCCUGGGCUGAAGAGUAUUUAGAAAAGAAGAGAAGUUCACACAAACGUUCAGCAUCAUGGGGCAGCAAUGGUCAACUCAAGGAGAUUGCAAAAUUGCGUCAACAAUUACAGAGAAGCAAACACAGCAGUAGGCAUCAUCGCGAUAAAGAAAGGCAGUCUCCAUUUCAUGGUAACCAUGCAGCCAUUAACCACAGCCAGGCUCCCAUCCCAAAGAGUGCUCUUGUUCCUGUGAUACCGAUUGCCAAAUCAACAGGAUCACGAUUCCGAAACAGUGUGGAAGGACUGAAUCAGGAGAUUGAGAUAAUAAUUAAGGAGACAGGAGACAAAGAAGAACAACUUGUUCCUCAAGAUAUUCCAGAUGGGCAUCGUGCACCACCUCCGUUGGUUCAGCGUAGUAGUAGUACUCGCAGCAUUGAUACCCAAACGCCUGGUGGAGCAGACAGGGGUAGUAACAACAGCAGCCGCUCCCAGUCAGUAUCUCCAACUUCAUUUCUUACCAUCUCUAAUGAAGGCAGUGAAGAAAGUCCAUGUUCUACAGAUGAUCUUCUUGCUGAUUCCAGAGAUAAAGAGAAUGGGAAUAAUUCUCCCUUGCCAAAAUAUGCUACCUCACCAAAACCCAACAACAGCUACAUGUUCAAGCGUGAACCUCCAGAGGGCUGUGAAAAGGUUAAAGUGUUUGAGGAAAGCUUGCCAAAGCCAUUGCAUGAAAUUCCAGCCUUCUACUGCCCUGACAAGAACAAAGUGAAUUUCAUUCCUAAAAGUGGCUCUGCUUUCUGUCUUGUCAGCAUCCUCAAGCCACUUCUUCCAACACAGGAUCUCACACUUAAGGGCACUACACACAGCCUGACUGUCUCUUCCAGCAUGACACCCAGUUUGUUACAGCCCAUUUCUAUGGCCUCCUUGUCUACAAACACAGAUCAAGACAGGAUCUCUCGUGGAACAAGUACAAUAAUACCACAGACCUCUAUACUCCAGCAAUCCGGACCUAUUGAGGAAGCUGAAGGAUAGAUUUAGAUUGUCUUGACAUUUUUCUGGGCAACUACUGGGAAAAAAAAUUGGAACCAGUUGACUGGACCUUUCUGAUCACACUAGUUGCAUUGUUUUAACAAUUUAUGGCACUGUCAUCAUUGAACUCUUUGUAUAAUUGACAGUUUGGUAGCACAUUGAGAAGUUCAGGAGAAUGCAGCAGCUGAUACUCUGUUGCACUUUCUGCUUAUGAAGACUCCGGUUCUGUUUCUCGCCUACUUUUUUAAACACUGGUGAAAACAAAGACUGUCAUAAUCCUUUGCCAUUUAAAGGACCAGUUGUUGUGAUGCUUGUGUCCUUUGACUUUUUUCCCAUUGAAACAAAAAUCUCAAGACCAACCAGCUGAUCCCAUUUACCAUUGUAAUAUGCAGAGGGAGGGGCAAUCAGAUGGUUUUGCAAGAUGUCUUUUGUAUGAAAAUGUGUAUUUUGUAAAAAUAAUUGCCUUUUCUGGUGCAUAGCAGAUGGUGUUUAGAAGACACUUUCCUGGUGGUGAUCCCCCCCGCCCCAUUUUAUUUUGGGUUUUGUUUUUUUUGUAGGGAAGGUUCUUUUUUACUUGGCUGUUUUACAGCUGCUGGGACCAAAGGAUUGCUGAAGUAUUUCAGCAGUCUCAAAUUAUGUGACCUUGCUGAACAGCCUCAGCCCUAAACAAAAUAAGAUAAUAUGUUUGAAACUUUUAAAACAGAAUAGUAUUCAAAAAGCAGUGUUAGUAUAUAGUGUAAAUUUUUUUGAUAUUGGAAGUUUAUUUUUCAAGUAAGUCACAUUCUUAAAACUCCUUCCUUCACAGAAUUCCCACCAGUGUUGGUUUAUUGGCUGAAAAAUUGCAUCUUAAAGCACUUGCCCCAGUAUUGUUCUAUUUGUCCAUAGGAUUUUUGUGCAGGGGUGGGGAAAAAAAUGUUAUCCUCUUACUCAGUAUUGUUUCUUGCAGAAGAUAUGCCACUUGCCUCUUAGAGGCUUGCUUGGCUAUUUACAGAGUUAGUCAGCCUGAAUGAUUAAUCACUCUUGGCACAAAUUUGCUCUGACGUGACUCAUCACUGUAUUAUAGACCUUGGCCACAUAAUACUGAAAUAUCUGUGCAUGGUUUCCUCCCUGUUGUCAUAGUGGUGUUUUGUGUGUCUGUUGAAGUUGAUGGUUUGUCAGGCAUGGUAUCUGUUACGGCAGAUGCUGUUACGGCAGCAGAUACAUUCUCCCUUUUUGACCAGCAACUUGGGCUGGCAUGUAAAACAGAGGAUCUUUUUGAUACAUGGUCUGUCCUGAUAUGCAGCAGUUUAUGGUUCCUUUGAAAUUAUAAUAAAAGAUGAAAAUGGGGGGAAAGGCAAUUGCUGAUGGAAACUUCAGGAAAAAUACAAUACAGAUAUGCAAAAAACUGCAGUGACCUGACUACCAGUGCUGUAUUAGCUUAUAAAACAAAUUUACCAUGUACCUCUUUUACAGAGUUAGAUUCAGUAAUUUCAAAGUAAGUGUCAUUGUGGACAGUGUCUGGACCUGAAUAUUGGUCUAUUACACAUGAGCAGUUGUCACUGGCUUGCAUAUGCAUAGCUUCCAUGGAUCAGUUGCAUACUCAGGUCCACUCAUAACUGCAUCUGUUUAAAGAUGGUACUGCAAAUACAAAAUUUCAUUCAGUGCUUAAUAUGCUAAAUUCUGUGGCAAACAUUUCACUUGGGAGGAAAAAAAAACAACCAAACUGCAUACUUGUGCAGAUAAUAGUCAUGGUUUUUGAUGCACAUCUACUGUUCCUUUAAAUCCUACAUAAAUAAUUAUGAUAGCAAUGUACUUUGCUCAGCAAGUAAGAGCAAAUCACACUAAAUAGUAUAAUGAAUCCUUGUUUAAAAUUAUGCAAAAAUUCAUCAAACAAAUGGACCAGAAAGUGUUAAAAUAUUAGACAUGUUAAAUUAGCAAACAAGCAGAAUUUGGAUUACUAUCCAUCUUCCCAUCAAAACAGAUAGAAUUGUGCAGAUGGAACUAAAGAACGCCGUUUUGAAGUAGCAGCUCUGACUUAUACCGAAGAAGUAAUUGAGGGACAGACUUUUAAAUUAAGUGGCUUUGUGCAUCAAGUUUGGCCAGUUGAUAAUUCUUCUCUAGGUUUGGUGGAUAUUAAUUAAUUUAUCGUGAAACAGUUACAGUGCAAUUUGAAGUCUAAAAUCUACUGCUUUAGAUAGGUUUGUUUAAACCUGGUAUGUCUGGAUUCAUGGAAGGUCAGAUCAUUCAGGUGAAGGAAGUGCUUGUUAAGUCUGUUUUCUGUUUCUGUAACAGUAGCAUGUAAAGAGCUUCUCCGUCAAUACCACACUGCCUAGUGCUUUAUCAGGAGAUCUUAACUGAAUGGUUAAGAACCAAAGGGCUAAAGUUAAUGAAUAGUCUUUACUACAGCCUUGAGGCUUAACUGACUCCACCAAAACUGCAUUCUGAUGUUUGUUUUCAUCACAGAGUGACUCUCCAAAUAGCAGUGGGCUUUCAUACCCAAGGACUUUCUUUUGCACCUGUUGUAGUACUUGAGCAUCUCUUUGGUAGUUUACAUUGUAUGUUAUUGGACAAUGUACUGUACAAGUUAGUGAGCUGCUCUGAUAAAAAACAAAUGUAAAUGUGUGAGGUUUUUGCUUUUUAUAAAAACUGCGUUCAGGACAACAUUCAGUCUUUUUUAUAUGUAGGACAACUCCACCAUUGCAGUGGCAGCUCUACUUUACUAUGAAUCCAUACUAAAGACUCAAUUGAAAAAAUAUGACAGCUCUUGUUCCAAGACCAGCUUUUACAUGUGUGCAUACAAAAAUUAGCCUUAAACUUUUUAUGUGCUGUCUUGUGCCAUAGCAGAGCUGUUAAGUAAAGUAUUUAAAUGAAUUUCAAAAUAGAUUUGAGAGUGCAUGGAGCUUUCUUAAAGUUCUUUUGUUUAAAGAGUGGGAUAUUCUGGUUUUUGAGGGCUUGACCCAUGCAUUACUCAAGCACAGUUUUACUGAAAGAAUUCAAGUCCUUUCGUCAUACUUUAAAUCCUAACUAUGCAUAGACCUAGUCAGUUCCUUGAUUGCCUACUUUGUAGCUUAAGAAAAAUUAGAGGUCUAUUUUUAUGCACAACUUGACACUCUUGAUAUUCUUGUUUUCUUGGUAUUUCACACUUCUAGCCACACUUAAAGGCUGGUGGCAGUGCUUAGUAACGCUGACAGUUGAUUUGGAGAUAUACUAAAUGGUGUUCCUCCAGCUGUAAAUUCUGCAUAAGUCACAAGGAGGGAGGUCAUCGUUGUAAUGAAGGUCUGCGGUGGCAGCUAUGACUAUUGGAAUCCUUUUUUUAAAAACUCAAGGCACAAGGGCAGAGGACUUCUUUGUUAAAGUUUGACCUGCUUCAGCCAUUCUUGUCCUGCUUGAUGCCAUACUCCUAUAGCAACAAAUUUAAGUACUUACAAAAGUAACAGAUAAUGCUUGAGUAUAUAUGUCUUGGAAAGAAAUUCUUGUUUGCACAUACAUAUCCCAAGUGAGGAAAAAAAAGGAGUGAAAAUUAAAUACUGCAUACUGUGGAAGUAAAUGAUUACUGUGUUUGAUUUAUGUAAAGCAAUAGCAGCUCUUAAAAGGUAUGUUUAGUCUCAGGGCUAUUUUUUGGUUUGUUCUAAACUUUUCUGGAAUUCAGAAUCUGAGAUUGUUGGAAAACGCUGAAACUGAGUCUUUUGGGAAGAAAAAAAGUCAUAUCCAUUAACCUUUCUUCUGCCUCAGGCUAACUUCUUGUUGCUUACUGAGUUUUAUCAAAUUCAAUGGUACAGCAAUAAUUCCUGGCUGAAGUAUUAUGUCCUGUCCCUGCCAUCUCUGAAAUGCUGAUGUAUUUACAGUAACUCACUGCCAGUGAUGUCCGUGUUUCCUUGCUGAGUAUUUGACAGCUUCUCUGUGAAACUGUAAACGUGAAAGAGAAUGCAUAGAAAGUCACCAGAGACAGGCAGUUACAAAGAUCAGUGCUGCAGGGUGACUUCUUGACUUCCAUUUGACUCAUUGUGUGCAUGCACACAUACAGUCUGCGUAGGUCUGCUGCUUUUAUCUUUAUGGUUUGAGGCAGGACUGGUGUUUGUAAAGAUCUUUCUUUGGUGUUUUUUUAUGGACAGACUUGCAGACUUGUUCUCAUCCAGAACUGGUGCGUGCUUACAUGUACCUCCAAAGCAAAUCUUGUGUGUCAUUCUUCCUUGUUCUCAUGAAUAUAAUCUGCAAAAAAGACCCUUGACAUAAAAGAAUCAGACACUUGAGAAUGUCAGGGCUGUGCUUUCUCUCUAUAACUCCAUAGUUUAAGUGUGUGCACUUCAUCAAAUGUCACAGCCUAAAGAUGUGAUGGCUUAGACCCAAACGAGGUUGGCAUGUAUUAAAA